UUCACGGUGCCCUGCUGACGGGCGUCCAACCAGCUGACUCCGCUGCUAUCUGCUAAACAGCGAUGAAAGCCCUGCUGGUUCUGACAGUUUGAGAACUGUUCCGAAUUUAAAGCGACGGACUGAGGGACCGGAAGAGCGCGGAAGGCACCGGAAGACGGAUCGGUCUCAGGAUGGCUGGAGUGUUUGACAUCGACCUGGAGACGGAGGUCAGCAGCGACACAGAGGAGGACGCGUGUGAGGUGACAGCUGUUGAACCUGACAGCGGUCAGACGGAGGAGGUGGAGCUGACCAGUGAAAACGUCAACAGAGACAGCGAGAGAGUUGGACCGGACUGCUUCGAGCUCCUCACUGUUCUGGGCAAAGGAGCCUACGGCAAGGUUUUCCAAGUGAGGAAGGUUCAAGGUCCCCAAACAGGAAAGAUAUUCGCCAUGAAGGUCCUGAAGAAGGCUAAGAUUGUCCGUAACGCCAAAGACACGGCCCACACCCGAGCCGAGCGCGAGAUCCUGGAGAAGGUCAGACACCCAUUCAUCGUGGACCUGCUGUAUGCCUUCCAGACGGGAGGAAAGCUCUACCUCAUCCUGGAGUGUCUGAGCGGAGGAGAACUGUUCAUGCAGCUGGAGAAGGAGGGAAUCUUCAUGGAGGACACGGCCUGCUUCUACCUGGGAGAGAUCACGAUGGCCCUCGGUCACCUGCACUCCAACGGGAUCAUCUACCGAGACCUGAAGCCUGAGAACAUCAUGCUGUGUCAGCAAGGGCACAUCAAGCUGACUGAUUUUGGCCUCAGUAAGGAGUCCAUCCACGAUGGAACCAUCACACACACCUUCUGCGGCACCAUCGAGUACAUGGCUCCAGAGAUCCUCUCCAGGUUGGGUCACAACCGAGCCGUGGACUGGUGGAGCCUCGGCGCGCUGAUGCACGACAUGCUGACCGGAUCGCCUCCAUUCACAGCUGAGAACCGGAAGAAGACCAUGGAUAAGAUCCUGAAGUGUAAAGUCAGCCUUCCUCCGUACAUCACAGACGAUGCCAAAGACAUGAUCACAAAGCUGCUGAAGAAGAAUCCGGCGAAGAGACUCGGCUCUGGGAAAGACGACGCUGCUGCUAUCCAGAAACACAGGUUCUUCAGACACAUCAACUGGGAGGAGCUGCUGAACAAGCGAGUGGAACCGCCGUACAAACCGCAGCUGCACUCUGAGGAAGACGUGAGCCAGUUUGACACCAGGUUCACCAGACAGACGCCGGUGGACAGUCCGGACGACACCAGGCUGAGCCACAGCGCCGAGCUCGCCUUCGCCGGUUUCUCCUUCGUGGCACCAUCGGUCCUCGAGAGUCUGAAGGAAGGAUUCUCGUUUGAGCCGCGAUCGCGUCACGUCCGCCGCCACAACAGCAGCCCGCGCACCCCCAUCAGUCCUCUGAAGUUCUCUCCGGCCGGGCCCUUCAAGUCCAGCUUGGACGGGGAAGCGGACCUGUUCUCCCCCGUGUCCCCGCCUGCCGCCGUGCGUCCCGGCCCGCUGGAGAACGGCACGGCCAGUCAGCCCAUCAAGACGCCUUCCAGGAACAAGAAGAAGAAGGAGCAUCGGAGAUGAAGAACCAGAGGGAUUGUGUCUCUGUCAGGGUUCAUUUGAAGCUCUGAAAGAACCAGACAACUAAAUCCUCCGCUUUACAGGAACUCCUUCUCAAUCUAAUUAAAGGAGAGCAAGGCAUUGAUUUUCCUUUAGCAGCCUCCCUGCGUGUUUAUGGGGAGAGUUGGGAUUUGUGAUGGAUGGACUGGAAACUGUGGAGUUUAAGUACAGAGAGAAGAAGCUCUGAUUUAAGGUUUUCCAGUAAUGAGUCUGCCAGAUGUCGACCGUCAGCCGACAGGAAGCUCAACUUUAACGCUUCUGUUGGUUGCUUUUAUUUAUUUCUGCAUGUAAAAAGAAAACAUGAUGACAUCAGUCUGCCUCUUGGUUCGUAUUGAGAACAUUUAACCAAUCAGAGCAGCCUGGGCCUUAAAGAGACAGGAGCUAAAAACUCGAUAGGAAACAAAAUCACUGUCUUCAGCUUUGAAAUUGAGUUUGUGAAUUAGAUUCUUUUGUACAUAGAAAUCUGCUGACCGAUGCAGCAGGAUGUCGUGUUUGUCUUUUCUUUUUUCUCUGGAUCUUCAUGUCUGCUGCCAAACUUGUUCUGAUUGGACCGAUGGACCGGUCCUAUCAGAAUCCAAGCCGUUGAUCACAGAACCUGCUGAUCAAACCGUGUUGGUGACGAAUCAGAGGCGUUUAGUUCCCCGUCAGGGAAUCACUCAGGAAGCUCCUCUAAAAGGGAAUCAGGAUGACGCGGAUGAUCAGGGACCGUCUGGUUCUGGUCCGAAUAUUUUCUGUUUCAUCAAGAAUAUUUUCUUCAAAGUUUUUAUCUUUUCUCAUCAUUGGCAGAACUUCCCUUUAAACUGACAUGGGUUGAAGGAUUGGGGUUUCCUUCCUCUCAGAGCAGUUUGGGAGCCUCGGUUCUGUUGGGAGCCGAUCCUCCCAACAGAACCGGCGGAACUGGGUCGGAUCUGCCCACACGGUUCGGUCUGCUGAGUUUCCAUGCGUUAGGAAGACGGUCUGAGCAUCAACCUCCUCAGUCAUGUUGCGUCAACAUGUCAAAGUGAUUGGUUAUUUUGUGACGCGCUCCGGACCCGCCUGCAGUCAAAGGUCCAGUUUCACUCCAUCAAACUUCAGCAGCCUGAGGGAAUCUGGCUUUGGCUUCUCCUGGAUUGUAGCUUCCUGCUUUCAGCCCAGGUGGUGGUUCACACCUUAACUGGACCUUAACUGGACCCGUUUCAUACCAGAACCAGUUGGUCUGAGGGAGACGGGACCUGUCCUCACCGGAUCAGAACGACGGCUGACCGCAGAACCAUCUGACCGCAGAACCGUCUGACCUCAGAACCGUCUGACCUCAGAACCAUCUGACCUCAGAACCAUCUGACCUCAGAACCAUCUGACCUCAGAACCGUCUGACCUCAGAACCAUCUGACCUCAGAACCAUCUGACCUCAGAACCAUCUGACCGCAGAACCGCAGAACCGUCUGACUGCAGAACCGUCUGAACUCUUUAUGGAUUUGAUCAAAUUGAAAUGAUCAUUUUAACCCAAAACUAAAAUACAAGGUCAUUUAAUGUCAGACGUUGAAGAAAAAUGAUUUGGGUUCAGAUUAAGAGAUUUUGUUUUGUUUUGUUUUCAAAUUUCAGGAGGCAUUUGCAAUCUAAAAUAUUCCAAGCAUUAAAAAUGCAUUAAGCAUUGAUUUUAAUGUGGACAUUAGGAAACAUGUCACAGUUUUCUUUCCUUAUUUUUCAAAAUUCUGAAUCAUUUUAAGCUCUGAGUGAAUCCAUAAACGGAUAUUAUUGAUGUCAAUGAGAGAAGCUGAUUGGAUUCUGUUUGCAGCAGCCGUAAAUAGCCGGUGCCGGUUCUGAUCCGGUCACAGCAUGAAAACCAGUCUGAACCAGUUAAAAUGUCCUGCCAUUUCAGAGUGGAAAUGUCAGGACAGUGGAAAGUUUGGCGGCUGAACAUCUGAGUUUAUUGAUUAAUCGUCUAUAAAAACCACCAGGAGGCCGAGAAACUUUCUGUGAUGCCCGGGUCGUGUUCAGGCUCCCCUCCCCAUCAUGGUGCUAACUUUAAAUUAAUCCAGUUUUCUGUCGUUAAAAAUCGAUCAAACAUAAACAGGAAUUAAAACAGAUUUUCUUUAUUUUUUUUUGCACUUCCAUCUUUAGAUAUUUUUAGGAUUUGAAAGUUGAGCUUCCAUUUAGUUUUAAUUUAGUUUUUUAAAGUUGUCUGCAGUGUUUGGAUCAGCCUUAUAACCUUAUAAUCAUUCUCACAUCAGAAAAUGAUUUAUUUGUUGGAUUUUGUUUAUUUACAUAAUUCAUUAACAAUUAUGUAGAAUUAAUCUCUACAAGGACAUUUUAUUGUGGUGAUAAAGGAACAAUGCGCCUCUGGAAUUGUAGAUAUGUAAACACAGAAGAAGAAAAGGUUUAUAUUUGGAUUGUUUUCUGUUUCCUCUGAUGAUGAAUGUUGUGAAUAAAUCUGAUUUCCUGA